AUGUCUGACACCCCAGUCCUGAUCGUCGGCGCUGGCAUCAGCGGCCUCGUUUUGGCUCAGUACCUCAAAAGUCAAGGAGUUCGGUUCGAGAUCUUCGAUCGCGACUCCGCUCUGGAUGCUCGCACGGGAGGAUGGGGCCUAACUCUGCAUUGGGCAUUGCCCGCCCUGCGCGCGCUGCUCCCGCAAGACGUGGUGGAGCGGUUCCCGGAGACUUUCGUCAACAAGGAGGCCUCUGCACGCGGGGAUGUGGGGAGUUUUCAGUUUUUCAACCUUAAGUCUGGAGAGGCGCUGUAUAGUGUUCCUGCGGAGGAGCGAAUUCGUGUGAAUCGAGGUCGACUGCGAGAGCUUCUUACGUCUGGAGUUGACGUUCAGUGGAACAAGGUGUUGCAGAGCAUCGAGUCCUCCGAGGACAGUAUCACAGCUCACUUUGAGGAUGGUUCGUCCUAUACCGGCCGCCUGUUGGUCGCUUCCGACGGAGCGCGAUCGCGAGCUCGGCAGAUCUUAUAUCCAGAUGGGUGUCAAAUGAAUUCUCUCCCGGUGCAGCUGCUCGGAGCAUCAACUCUGUAUACGACUCAGGAUAUGGGUGGAGCGCAGUCCAUCGACCCGUACAUCUUCCAAGGGUCGCAUCCCGAUACGAAUGUGUUUCUCUUCUUUAGUUUCCUCGAUACCCCAAACAACUUUGAUGAAAGCAGCAAGGACCGGUACCACGUCCAAAUAAUUGUGUCAUGGGCUGAUGAGAAAGAGAUCGAGGUGCCCGAGGAUAAUGCUGACCGCAUCUCCCUCAUGAAGACACUUGCCGACAACUGGGCUGAGCCCUUCCGGGCCUUGGUCAAAAAGCUUCCAGAUGACACUGAAGCACGCUCAAUCCGUAUCGAAGACUGGAUCUUCAGCCCAAGCCGCACCCAUAUUCACCCUCGCGCAGUACUUAUGGGGGAUUCAGCACAUACCAUGACAAUGUUCAGAGGCGAGGGAGCCAACAACGCCAUCGUCGACGUCCAGGACCUGAUCAAUCACGUGGACAUGAAAAACCCUAAGUCUUUCGACUCUGACACACUUUCCAACUCACUCGAUGCUUACAAGCAUGAAAUAUUUGCCCGCGUUGAGCCCAGCUUCCUCAACUCUCGCCAGGCCUGUCUAGAUGCCCACGACUUUUCACGGAUUUUGGCUGGUAGCCCGCUUGUUGCGGCCAGAAUCCUAAAAAAGGAGACGAAUUAA